UGAAAUAUAAUUGUUUGUUCACGAGUGAAUACGUGACUGCUACGAGGAAACAACAAAGGAUGAAACAACAAAAGAGAAGGACAUCUGGAAAAGUAUCGGACAGUCAGAAAGCAGGGAGAGAGCCUGAAGCAGCCAGAGACAUGCGUUAGUUCUAUAGUUCAAUGCGCAUGCGCGAUGAAUGGAGCUAUAUUUUAAUUGGUUCGACACUCGCACAAUCUCACAUGCUUUAUAUACAUCGACUGGAGUAAUACUGAACAGAUUGGAUAGUAUUUGCAAAUGCAAAGCUCUGCGAAAAUAUGGCAAGUUCAUCACGACAUGAUACAAACAAGAUUUGUUGUUAUGCACAUCCAGAUGCCCCACUUAUAGAAGAUUAUAGAGCAGGAGAUCAGAUUUGUUCAGAAUGUGGAUUAGUUGUGGGAGAUAGAGUGAUAGAUGUAGGUUCGGAAUGGAGAACAUUUAGCAAUGAAAAAUCAGGAAUAGAUCCAUCGCGUGUUGGUGGGCCUGAGAAUCCGCUUUUGAAUGGCGCUGAUUUAUCCACUGUGAUUGGACCUGGAACAGGUGCUGCAUCUUUCGAUGGCUUUGGUACUGCCAAAUAUCAAAAUCGGCGUACGUUGAGCAGUUCUGACAGAGCUCUCCUCAAUGCAUUUCGCGAGAUCAACGGUAUGGCGGAUCGUAUCAAUUUGCCAAAAACCAUUGUGGACAGAGCUAAUACAUUGUUCAAACAAGUACAUGAUGGCAAAAACUUGAAGGGCCGUGCGAAUGACGCAAUCGCUUCUGCGUGUUUGUACAUUGCUUGUCGACAGGAGGGAGUGCCACGUACAUUCAAAGAGAUUUGUGCCGUCAGCAAGAUAAGCAAGAAAGAAAUCGGUCGAUGUUUCAAGUUGAUUCUCAAGGCCCUUGAAACCAGUGUCGAUCUCAUCACUACGGGCGACUUUAUGUCUAGAUUUUGCUCAAAUCUUGGUCUUCCCAAUAUGGUACAAAGAGCUGCUACGCAUAUUGCUAGAAAAGCUGUUGAGAUUGACAUUGUACCAGGCAGGUCACCUAUUUCAGUUGCAGCUGCAGCGAUUUAUAUGGCAUCACAGGCUUCAGAGGACAAAAGGUCACAAAAGGAAAUUGGGGAUAUUGCUGGCGUCGCAGACGUUACAAUCCGACAAUCAUACAAAUUAAUGUAUCCACAUGCGAGUAAGCUGUUCCCAGAAGACUUCAGAUUUGCCACACCGAUCGAUCAAUUGCCGCAGAUGUAAAAUUGGAAAAGUCUCGUUUUUUUUCCUUUAUUCGAUCAUUAUAUUAUAUUUUAAAGGAAUAAUUUUUUAUCACAAGUAAGCAAAUAUAGGUGAUUCAGUCAUUUUAUUCAUAAGGCACAUUCCUAAAUAAUUUACAUAGUUCAACAUUUUUUUAAGUUACAGAUAAUGGCAAGCUAAUU